CAGAGCCUGGCAACCCAGCAGGCAGAGCAGCAAUGAUCCAGAAUGUGGGAAACCACUUGCGAAGGGGCUUUGCCUCUAUGUUCUCUAGUCGCACAUCCCGGAAGUCCAUCUCACAUCCAGAGCACGGAGAUGCCAUGGCAGAGGGUGAGGAGUACCGGAACCCCACAGAGGUGCAGAUGAGCCAGCUGGUGCUGCCCUGCCACACUAACCACCGUGGGGAACUGAGCAUCGGACAGCUGCUCAAAUGGAUCGACACCACAGCCUGCCUGUCAGCGGAGAGGCAUGCUGGCUGCCCCUGCGUCACAGCUUCCAUGGAUGACAUUUACUUUGACCAUACCAUUAGUGUCGGCCAAGUGGUCAAUAUCAAGGCCAAGGUGAACCGGGCCUUCAACUCCAGCAUGGAGGUGGGCAUCCAGGUGGUCUCUGAGGACCUAUGUUCUGAGAAACAGUGGAGUGUGUGCAAGGCCUUGGCCACCUUUGUGGCCCACCGGGAGCUCUCCAAGGUGAAGCUGAAGCAGGUCAUACCAUUGACAGAGGAAGAGAAGACAGAGCACGGGGUGGCAGCUGAGCGCCGGCGUAUGCGGCUGGUCUACGCAGACACCAUCAAGGACCUCCUGACCCACUGUGCCAUCCAGGAUGACCUGGACAAGGACAGCAGCAACAUGGUGCCGGCAGAGAAGACCCGAGUGGAGAGCGUGGAACUGGUGUUGCCCCCUCAUGCCAAUCAUCAAGGCAAUACCUUUGGUGGCCAGAUCAUGGCCUGGAUGGAGAAUGUGGCCACCAUUGCAGCCAGCCGGCUCUGUCAUGCUCACCCUACACUCAAGGCCAUCGAGAUGUUCCAUUUCCGAGGCCCAUCACAAGUGGGAGACCGUCUGGUGCUCAAGGCCAUCGUGAAUAAUGCCUUCAAGCAUAGCAUGGAGGUGGGCGUGUGUGUGGAGGCUUAUCGCCAGGAGGCCGAGACCCAGCGACGGCACAUCAACAGUGCCUUCAUGACCUUUGUGGUCCUGGACAAAGAUGACCAGCCUCAGAAGCUGCCCUGGAUUCGUCCCCAGCCCGGGGAGGGUGAACGCCGAUACCGAGAGGCCAGUGCCAGGAAGAAGAUCCGCCUGGACAGGAAGUACCUUGUGUCCUGUAAGCAGGCGGAAGUGGCUCUGUCUGUCCCCUGGGACCCUAGCAACCAGGUAUACCUGAGCUAUUACAACGUAUCCUCUCUGAAGACGCUUAUGGCCAAGGACAACUGGGUGCUGUCUGUGGAGAUUGAUGAGGUCAGCCUGUACAUCCUGGAGGAGGAGUUCCUGUCCUUUCACUUGGAGAUGGUGGUGCACGUGGAUGCUGCCCAGGUCUUUACACUGCUCUCUGACCUGCUCCGGAGACCAGAGUGGGACAAGCAUUACCGGAGUGUGGAGCUAGUACAGCAGGUAGAUGAAGACGAUGCCAUCUACCACGUCAUCAGCCCUGCCUUGAGUGGUAAUACCAAGCCUCAAGACUUUGUGAUCCUGGCCUCUAGGCGGAAGCCUUGUGACAAUGGGGACCCCUAUGUCAUCGCACUGAGGUCAGUCACGCUGCCCACGCACCGUGAGACACCAGAAUAUCAACGUGGGGAGACUCUCUGCUCAGGCUUCUGUCUGUGGCGUGAGGGGGACCAGUUGACUAAGGUUUCAUACUACAACCAGGCCACCCCCGGCUUUCUCAACUAUGUGACCACCAACGUGGCAGGCCUGUCCACGGAAUUCUACAAUACAUUCAAGGCUUGUGAGAGUUUCCUGUUGGAAAACCGGAAUGACCUGGCCCCCAGCCUGCAGACCCUCUAGGGACCACCCCACCCUGCCCCAGGACUUACACAGUGCGUGGAGCAAAGCAGAGGCAUUUAUUCACCAUGACUCCCCAGGGAAGCCUUCCACAUUAGAUGGUCCAGUCCUACUGGAUGGUCAGUUCCUGCUUACAUCUGCCAGCAAGUCUUCUCGGUACUCCUGGGGUAUCCUAUAAUAGACUCGGGUCCUGUCCACAGCCCUGGCCACCCACAACCCAGCCCAUACAUCGGCAUAGCUGUCCCCAGCAAUGCUGUGGUGCACUGUGACAGUGGCUCGAGGAGAGGCUGCCAGCAGCCUGGUUACAGCUCUGGCUGUACUCCGGCCCAGUGGCCCAGCCUGCAGCUGGAAGGACACAGGUUGCCAGAGCCCCUGACACAGCUCCAGCAUAUCUGUGACCAUCUGCUCCUGAUAGCCAUUGCCCAGCACCUCUUCAGGCCAGCCUGGUGCCACAGUCACAUGGGGGAAAACCUCAGCCACAGCUGUAAGCAGCUCUCUGCCAGCCACAUGGCCAGGGACCACAAAAUUACCAUGUGAGACUGUGGCCCCCACCCACACAGGCCAGGGCAGAUGGCCAAGGGUGGAGAGGUGUGCCAGCGUGGCCAGGGAUGGCCGGAGAGCUGCGGGUUCCACUAUGUUCACAUGGAUACCCCAGCGCCUGGGGUGUACAGCCAGCUGCAGCAGACAUGUCUCCAGGGUCAUAACAAGACCACCUGGGGUACGCAGGAUGGGCACAGGGUUCCCAACUUCAGGUUGCUGGAGGCCGACAUCCAGCAGGAUCAUGCCUUCUCUGUCUGGAAGAGGCAACAGUGUUUGGAGUACCUGUUAUUAUGGGAUGUCAGUGUCUCUUGGUAAAGGGGCAGGGGAGGCCAUGGGCACAGACAAGGAGGAACUGGUACCAGCUGUUCUUGAGUCUACCAGCCCCGUCUCAGGCUCCAAAUGCUGUGACUGGUGACUCUCAGGCAGACAUGACAAAUUGUUGGCUCAGUUCAUGGCCUUCCCAGUGACUCAGAGCUGGGUCACCAGCCACUCUUCUAGUCACAGUGUGACUGAGGGCUCAAGGCUGCUCUUGACAUGAUUCCUCCCACUUUGUAUUCAGUGUGAGGCUUAUCAUGUUGCCAUGGUAACUGAGAACGAAGUUACCCAUCCAGGCAAAUGACAGACCUGUGGGUUAGCCAGGAGCUUUAGGGCUGCGGCAGACUCACCAGGGACAGUGAUGGCUGCUGUUCUCCCACUACCAUUCACUUGUAGAGCCAGCCACUCCACCUCUAGACCAUCACUCCUGGGCUGCUGGAGAAGAGGGAUCAGGCUGCCACCUGUGUAGUAGGUUCGCUUCCGGGUGCUGUUCACUAUGGGACCCAACAUUGCCAAGGUGAAAGGACCACUCUCCACGGUUACACCCUGGCUUUCCUGCAUCCUAAACCUUGUAGCUGUCAGUAGUUCCCUCUUGGAUAGGUUAAAAGUUGUUGUCUCAAGGUCUGACAACCAGUACACAGUUUACUGGGCCAGAAACCAGAUGGGGCUAGAGCUGAAGGACCUAAAAGCUGGUCUCCGCUGCCCCUUGGGAUGGCGUAAGGGUAUGUGCUCCUAGACUCAGGGUCCAGAGGACAAGGGGUUUGCAUGGUGGCAUCUGGCUCAUGAAUUAGUGGGCACAGAAGAGGGCUGUGCUCUGAAACACUAGUGCCACCAAAGAUGAGUGGCUGUGGAAACAAGGGGAGGUUGGCUUGGUUCUGAUCAAGCUACAUUUCUAUAAAUUCCUUGUAGUUUUGGACCUCCCUUUCCUUCUCUAUCGACCAGACACCCGCUUUGUGGAUAGGUGAAGCUUGGAUAGCAUACUAUCCCAGAGGCAGAACACAAGAUCUCAGAAUGGUUCCUGUCUCCUGUUCCACCUAGAACUCUCCCCUUCUAGAUGCCCCCCCCCCACUUCUGCUUCCAUACCCAACCAAGGCUGUCCUGAGCAGAAACCUCCCCUUCUAGAUCCCCUUCCUACAGGCCAGCUGCUUGAACUGCGACAGGACAGGCUCAAAGAGGUCAUAGUAGAUUUGGUGGAUGGCACUGCUGUCCCGGAUGAAGAGGAGAUCGUCUACCGACACGGGGUCUGAGGCACCCUGCCACAGUGUCAGGCUGUACCUGGGAUCAGAGAGCUGACUCAGUGCCCACCUGGGCCCAGAAAGACCCUCAGCUCUACUCCUAUGCUCAGAACUGAAUGCCAGCUGAGCCCAGGAGUAGACAUCUGUCCUCCAGCUUCCCACUAGCAUCUCCUGAGCACCAUCCCUUCCAGAGGAUGGUGGAAAGCAGGACUUCAGGGAGUGAGAGGAUGUGCGCACUUGGGAUGUCUGUUUCUGAGUUACCAUCAAUGGAAGUAGCGAACAGCUUGUCUGUCACCAGAGGAGUACAAGCCAGAGGCAGGGCAUUGUAGGAGGUUGUUAGGCCUGGGCAAGAUGAUCUUUAGGACCCCCUUCUGCCAUGUUCAUCUUAGAUCAGAGCCCAGGAUAGGUUUGGAACCAGAAGAGGGGGCUUCACCUCUCAGAUUGGCCCAGGAGCCAGCUGAAGUGGGGCCAAGCGGCCCGUGCCAUGAAAGCCCGAACUGGGAAGGUGACCCUCUGGGGCAGCGCGCCCACCAGCUCCUGCAUCUUCUCUACCAUGGCUUGGGUGUAUGUGCUGUUGGGCAGCUGAGGCACAUAAAGAGUGGUAAAGCCAGGAGAAAUGGUGACCUCUGGAUACUUCUCCUGGACAAGUGCCAGGAACCUGCAGAGAACAGAGAGAUAUCCACCUUUGCAGACCACCCCAGCCCCCUAUUGUGGGUUCUUGUUGAGUUGUGCUUGGAGGUUGGCAACAUAGCUCUAAAGAGCAACAGUGGUCUGCACAGGCUCCUGCUGAUACUACCACCCUGUGUAGUCUGGGAGCUGUGGAGUCCCUACUCUGCCUCUGGUGGUCACUUCAGCCUUCCAUUCUUAAAGAGACAGUGACGGUCUGGCAGGGCAGGUAGGUAGGGCCUUUUAAAUGUCCCCAUGUGGACCGAUGGGGUUGAGUAAGACUUGUAAGGUGUGCAGGUCUGCAAGCUACCAGCUGGCUUCGAGUCCCCAAAGUUUCAGAUUCCCAUUUUUUCUUUUUUAUAUGAGCCAAGCAUGAUGGCACAUGCCUGUCAUCUCAGCACUUGGGAGGUGGUGACAGGAGCGUUAACACUUCCUUCAUCCCCAGCUACAUAGUGAGUACAGGGCUAGCCUGGGCUAUAUGAAACUGUCUCAAAGCAAUACAUCAAAAAGAAUUAUUUGAAUUUUGUUCAAUGCGGAUUUCUAUAGGAAAGUUAUGUCACCUACCACCCAGCCUCCCUGAGGAGAGAAGCCUUUGUUUGUCUUGGGCUCUAGACUACAUCUUAAAAAUUAUUUUCUUCAACUAUAUAUCAUUUUGAGACUCACAGUAAAUAUUGGGUGGGUGGCUGGGCAGAUGGAGGGAGAGGUACCUGUAGACCACAAAGCUUGGGGAGGGAAAGGGUUAUGGGAACCUUAGCUCUGCCAUUUUGUAGACUUAGACAGGCCAUUUAAUCUCUCAAAGAUAGUUUCUAAACUUACAAAAUGAAGAUGACUAGUUGCUACCUCAUUCUCCUAAGAAUUCAGCUGUAUUCUGCAAGUAAAGUGCUUGAAACGGUGCCUGGGGUCACAAUAAACUUGCAAGAGCA